UGCGUGGUAAGAUGAAAGUUUGUGUCAUCUAGACUAGAUUUGUGUUUUAGUCUGAAGUAUUUGAAUGGUUACUCAACAAAAUGGAAGUUGUUAUAUAUGCUGGUCUCUCUACAAUAUGGUGGAUGUCAAGCAUGUCUAUUCUGCUGCCGUUUGUUCUUCUAUUAAAGUAUAAUAAAUCAUUUCGCAAUAAAUGGUUUGCCUGGAUUUUCGUCAAAAUCUGUGGUCCAGCAUUUGAAAAGAAAAUGACUCCUUUGCGUAAAGGUGCUUUUGUUCUUUUAAAUGACGCUUUAUCCGAAAGAGAUAAAUCAGUUCCGUUAAAAGUCUUAGAAAUUGGCAUUGGGUCAGGAGCCAAUCUACAGUUUUAUCCAGAAAAUUCUGAAUUGAUAGCGCUUGAUAUGAAUACAUCUUUUGAAGAAUAUUUUCGACAAAAUCAGAGAAAAUAUCCUCAAGUAACCUAUGAAAGGACUGUUCAUUGCAUGGCUGAAAAUAUGCAGAAAGGUGUUGAAGAUUGUUCCGUCGACCUUGUCAUAUCUACCUAUGUAUUAUGUAGCGUGACAGAUAUCAAUGCAGUUCUUAACGAAGUUAUCCGUGUUCUUAAACCUGAUGGAAAAUUUCUCUUUCUCGAACAUGUGCAAUUUCCAUCUCUUGAAUGGGGUUCUUUAAUACAAAGUUUUACAUCACCAUUGUGGAGAUUAUACUUUGAUGGCUGUUGUCUGAAUAGAAGGAUUGAUGAGGAUAUAAAAAAUGCUAAAUUUUCAAAUGUGAAGCUUAACAGACAGUAUCCAGCUUCGUUAAAUAUGUUUAUCAGGCCACAUGUAAGUGGUAUUGCAACAAAGUAAACAUGUUAUGAUCUUUUGCAAAUUUUAUGCUGUUGAUUGUUUAAAUAUGACAUUUUUUAAACAACACAUGUGAAAUAACAGAUUUCAAACACUGUGUAUGGGUUUUCUUAUCACUUAAUUUUUUCAUUGUUAAAUAUAUGUAGAACUAUUUGUUUGAAAUAUACAUAUGCACGAGUAAUGUUUCUUUUCCUGUUUGGUUUUAUGAUAUAAAUUGGGGAAAAAUUGACACCUUAAGUUUGUUAAAAAAGUAUUAACUAGUGAAAAUGACAGCAAAAUGUUUUAAUGAGUUAUUUUAAACUGCAAAAUUUAGAAAUAUUAAAUUUGUAUUGUGUGAUUGUUCUGAGUGUAUAAUAUCGUCUAUACACAUGCAGAGUAUUGAAUAUGAAAAAUUGUUUUUCAUUAUCAAACUCAAGAAAUUGUAUCAGAAUGUAAUUAUGUGACAAAAAUAAGUCUUAAAGCAAUUGAGAGGCUGACAAGGGGAAAAAAGUAAGUCUGAAAAAGUAUAUUUUACAGGGUAAGCAAAAAAUGACGUGUCAAGUAUCAUGGACUACAUGCAAGUGCCAUCUUCUGUAGCUUGUAGAAACUAAACCAUUUUCACAGUUGGCUUAUUGUCUAUUCCGUGCCAUUGGCUUAAGUGUUUACUGUUUUUCCAUGAAAAAAAGAGAAACUCAAAACUUAUAAAUUAGGUACUGUUUUCAUCGUAUCAGCCCCCAAUUGUAAAAGUACUUUUUAGUAAAGAUCACAUCAUGAAAGUCGGGUUAUAGACCAAGAGCUGGCUACACAAAAAAUUGAUCAUUAGAUAUAUUAAAAAUUUUAGCAAUGGAGAAAGAGUACAUUUAUUGCCCAGUUUGCCAAGCAGACAAGGGACGGAGCUGUAGGCAGCCAAAGUAUGCAAGUUUUCUUAAUCAAUUCUGAAGACUUCUGCCCAUAAACUGCAGAUUUUUUGAAGGUUAAUCCUGAAACUUCAAUUCUUCAGAUUUAGAUAUUAAGAUUUUUACAGAAAUUACAGCACAUGGAGUUUAUUCUGCUCAAAACUAGGCAUUUUUGCAAGGAAAAUAAAAUGUGAUGCUGAUAGAAUAACAAUAGUUACAUACAUGUAUAAUAAUUAGAAUUUCAUGCUUGAGUUAAUGCAUUCAUGGUGUUUGCUGUUUUGGUACCCAUAACAAUUAUUUAAUAAAUGCCAUUCAGUCAUUCAUGUUCAGUCAACCAAAUAUGUUGACUGACUCAAUAAAUCAUAUCUAUUAAAAAAAUAAAUCAUGCUGAUCGUGUCAUUCAAUUAAUCAAUUGCAUUCAUUCUAAUGGUCAUGUUCAAUUAAUCAUUAAUUUAAUAAAGCCAUUCAGUCAAGUUCAUUGAAUGAAGCCAUCAUGUUCAUUUUAUUACUUCUAAGUAAUCAGUCACUUUCAGUCAACCAAACACAAUCACUAAAUCAGGCACAUUCAUUUAAUCAAGUCCUUCAACCAAUCUUUUCCUUACAAAAUGAAAUUGAACAUGACUGAUAGAAUGAAUGUGAUUGAUUGUAUGUGACUGAUUGAAGAAACAAAAUUGCUUGAUUCAAUGAACAUGAUUUUCUAAUUGAAUGAAUGUGAUUGAUUUAUUUAAUGAACGUGUUUUAUUGAUUUGGUGAACGUAAUUGGUUGACUGAACCUGAUUGGUUGAUUGAUUAAAUGGCAUUUAUUAAACUAAUGUUAUUAGACGUAAUGAAUGUUGACUGAGUAUGAUGGAUCAAACAUGAUAUACGAAUGUAAUUUUAUGUAUACAUACAUAUGUUAACCCUCCAAUACACUUGUCCAUAAAUUUCAGUGCUCAGUUUGCGUUAUGAGCAACCUGCCUUGAAGGCAUCCAUGUGAUGUCGCAAAACUUCAAAAAAUACGCCCACAUAUUGAGUAUGUUAAUUCAAUCACAUAAUUUAAGUAUGGAAAAAUUCUCAAGACAUUUUAAAGGUUUUAAACUUAACCUUCAAAACAUCUGCAAUUUUUGUGCAGACAUUUCAGAAUGUCUUAGGGAAAUUUGCACCCUUUGACUACUUACCUCCAUGUUCCCUUCCCGGCCCUGGCAGACGAGGCAAUAAAUGCUUGCCGAUGUAUAUAUUCGUGCACGAAAUUUUAGAGUACUUUAUGAUCAUAUUUUUGUGUAACCAGCUCUUGGUCUAUUGAAAGUUUUAGUCUCCUGAAAAAUGUUGAUUUUCAUUCAGUACUCUGCAUUUAUAACAACAAUAUGUAUAAUUCAUUCUGGCUAAAGUCACUUAUUGAUAACAGAAAUCCUGUGAGAUAUUGUUUUUUUUUUUUGGUUUAUUGUUUGUGUUUACAUUUGUUCAUUUAAUUAUUUUUGAGACCUUUUUAGUUUAUAUGUCAGAUUAGUUUAAACAAAUCUGCCAGCCUUUUUUUAAUAACUUUAAUAGUUUAUUCAGUGUUUUAUUCUUUUAACAUUGAACUGAAGUUUUUGUGUUAAUUAUUUUCUGUAUUACUUAUGGUAGUUUUCUACUCUUAUUUCCAUUCUUAAAAGUGUUAUGAAAAUGGUAAAAUGUUUUGUUGUUUUCCCGAAGACUUGCUAAAGUAAAAUCUUUUAACUAGAAUAUUUUUUAUUCCACAUAAGUUUUCUUUACCUCAUGACACAAGUUAGUCAUUAUCAAUAUGAUCUAGAAAGCAGAAGAUGUUAAGAAGUAGCAGGUCUUUUAGUUCUUUAAAAGUUUAACAUGUAUUUUUUCACAUAUUUUCUUGUUGUGACAGUAUUUGUAUUUCAAAAGUAGUUAGAAAUGAAGGCCUUGUGGUGGAUCAAAGUUUGCCUGGGAGCGGAAGGGGUAGGCAAAAGAUAUAUGCUUACAAUGGGGAGAGGGGUAAUUGACCCCUCCCUAAUGACAGGCCUGUUUUCCUAGAGAACUGUUUUUGUUAUUACUAGAAAUCUUAACUGAACGUCAAUACAACUUCAUUGAUCCAGUAUAUUUUAGGUAUAAAACAGCACACAAAAUGUUUUAUUUAGUCAGUGAGGAAUUCUUAGAUUAUUUAAUAUUUUAAAUGGUAUGCUAGUUAAUUUUACAAACUAUGUUACAUGAUUCUUGAACUUUACUCAAUUUAUACUAAUCUCAUUUUUGGCUGAAAGAUAUUACUUCUUAUUUACAAGGACUGGUAUUGUAAAUACCAUGUACCAAUUGUAUAUUGUGAGAAAUCGGGCAUGGUGAGCUACUAAUUAACUUUAAAAAAUAUUUUUCUUUUGCCUUCUAGACCCAUUUCAAUGAAGGUAAUAUAUCGAGCUUAUGAACGAACAUAUGUGAUUUGUAUUGAAAAUAUUUUGCCUAACUACAUUGGAUUUUAUCAAUUGCAAAGAAAGUUCUAAAAAUAUCAUUGCAAUCAAUUCAAUUUUCACUGCUUUCACCAUUUUAGUUGUAUUUUAAUGGUGAUGAAGAUUUUUUUUAUUAUUUGUAAGGAAAUUUGUAUUCACAAAAUGUAUCUAAUAUGUUUCUUCUUCAAAUUAUAUUGUGUUAUGGCUAUUCCUACCUGUGAGCUUUUCAUUCUAGUAUUGUUCAAAAAAAAUCUUUACAGUUCCUUAAAAUAUGAUUAUAAGCCUAGGCAUUUAAAAUUACAAUCAGGUAGUUCAGUGAUCCUGAAUCUUUUAGAAGUUUACUAAAACUUGAAAAGUUUAACUCCAGAAGCUCACCCACCACUAGUGAGUCUCUUUGAAAGUAUCUUUGUCAUAGCACUUACUGCACAAUUCAUCCUUGAAAUUAUUUUAACUACUCUAGAAAUAAUAAUGAACCUUUAUAUAUUUUAGUUUAAGCAGGAAAAAGCAAUCAUAUUUUUUGUAUAUGAUUUACAAAAUUUGAUACUUUUAGGGUUUCUGAUCCUGCUACGUGUUUAGUUAUAUCUUUGGUCAGGUAGUCUGGUAGCCAUAAGAAAUAUUCUCGCUUAGUUAUUUUGUCAUAAUUAUUUGCAAUUAAUGAAUCAAAUGUUACAAAAUUAAAUUUUAAUGUUUCAUUUUUGUAAAUGAAAAGUAAUUAUUUUUAAUAAGGUGCAUAUCAUUAUUUUAUUCUAUUUAAUUGUGGCAAACACUAUGGCUGUUUUUAGUAGUUAUUAAUUUUUAGUAAUAAUAUAUAUGUCAUGGUUUUGGGGGCCAAACUUAUUGAGUCAUUUUUUUGACCAAUAACCCUGCAUUUUUGGUGCAAUAUUAAUACAACUAAAGUAGCAGAGUGCAUUUUAUUAAGCAUGUACUGCACUUUACUAGAUUAUGUGCGUGUUGUAUUUUCAUUUUUGUAAUUGUUUUGUUGUGUGUUUGUUAGGUAGGUGGUAAAUUGUUUUUCUAAAACGAGCUUUGCAUUCAAAUGUCAUCUGGGGAAAGUAAAGUACAAUGUUUGCUAGUUUUAACACUUAUUAGAAUCUUUUCUGCAUUUUGUUGUUUAUAUAUGUUAUUAUAUAAAAUGAUUUUCAUACCUUAUAAGGAUAAGUCGUUGCUACUUUAAUUAUAUUUUCGCAUUUUUUGGUGUAUAGUUUAAAAAAUGAAUAAAGUUGUUGUUUUCCAUU